AUGGAGACGGAGUGUCAUGAUUUUAGAGAACCGAACUUCAGGACCUGCACUACUACCACUACCACCACAAAAUCAACGCUGUCAAGUAGGGCCCCGACUGAACCCCAAGGGACAUCCUGUAGACGCAGCAGUUUAAGCAUCAUUCAACCAAAAGUUUGUCUCAAUGAGAUGCUAGUAAUGGCGAGAAGGAUCUGGUUGAGCAAUGGAUCAAAUGCAGCUGACAUUCCCCUCCCUAUGAUAGCCAUGAAAUUUAAGGUGCUGCCGGUAUCAGGACUUUCGGAAGGAGAGCGCCAAGGAUCGGGACAUAAAGGAGAAUGCAAAUCUAGAACUGUUUCAGACUUCAUGGAGGUAGAUGCUGAAAAAUGUAAGGAGCCAAUAGAAUCUGUGGAUGUCCAAGCGGAAUUGGAUCUUGGCGUCUUACUUCAACGCUGGCUGACCAAACUAACGGAUAUUGAAGCCUGUGAAAAUUCCGCUAAUAGACGGUCUGCAAAGCAGCGGCAGAGUGGAAUUGCCACCACGAAGAAUGAGGAAUCGACCAAAAGUGGAAGUAAAAUGUCACCAGAACAGGCAUCAGCAGAGUCAAUGUUUAAUUUUUGUCGCGAUAGAGCCAACUCUGAACUUCUGCGCCCUUGGGCGGUCACCUUGACUUCCAACGUCCCUUCAUCAGACUGGUCUCUGGGUCAAAGCUCAGGAGGAACAAUAUCCAACUUAGUUCGACAGGUCAGCAACGGGUCAAUUGAUCUUUGUCUUCAAAGUGUGGAUCUUCUCUCGUCGAAUUCAACGGCUUCCGAGCUCCUCAGUGAUAAAGGAAGCCAGUCAGAAAAUUAG